AUGCUAGUGAACAAGAGGGGAGAUUUUCAUCAACAAGGGUAUUUGUUCCAAGAACAGUCCAAAAAAGAGGCUACUGAAUAUGAUGAAUCAUUAAGAGCUUCUCAAUCCAGUCAACCUCCAAAAAAUAAAAACAAGUCAAAGAAAGAAGCAUCAAGUUCCAAGGUUUUAAAAGCAUCAAGGUCCAAAAAAGAGGCUACUUCAACUCAGAAAGAAGAUGUUUCUGCAACUCAAAAAGAAGUUGUUGUUAAUGGUAUUCAGAUUGGGGAAGGUGAUGGUAUUGAGACUGGGGAUCAUGGUGAUAGUAUUGAGACUGGGGAUCAUGGUGAUGGUAUUGAGACUGGGGAUCAUGGUGAUGAUAUUCAGACUAGGGAUGUUAAUGAUGUUAUUGUUGAAGAUGGUCAUAUUGCUGAAGAAGUUGAAGUGGUUGAUGUUGGAAAAGAAGAUGUUUUGCUUCCAAGGGUUGGUUUAGAGCUACACAAGGUACUUGAUGAGGUUGAGCAGGGGCUGGACGAAAUAUUAGGGGAAGAUAAGGUAAAGCUGGAUGCUGAACAGAUUGCAUUGAUGUUGGAAGCAGGAUAUAGCAUGGAAGAAAUUGAAGGUAUGGAAGGGGUAGAAAUGGAACUGGAUGACAUGCCACCCGUUGAGUUGGAUAUGGAAGAUGUAUUGGAUCAUCCAUCUGAUAAUGAUGAUGAUGCUAUUAUUGAUGAUGUUGAUGGUAUUGUUGAUGAUGCUAUUAUUGAGGUUGAUGGUGGUGGUGAACAAGAAGAAGGAGGUGAUGAUGGUCACUUGGGUGAUGAUGAAGGUGAACAAGAAAAGGAGGUGAUGAUGAAGGUCAUGAUGAUGUCCCUAGAGUGA